GGGAAGGGAAGGGCAGCAAAUGACAACAGCGGAUGACGCAUGAGCGAUAUUCAGCUCGUCUGCGCGCAUGGCGGAGCAGGAGGUGAGGAAGCGACGCUCACCCACCAUUGGGCGCGAUGGCGCUUGACAGUCGUGAUCUCUGCCGUUGUGGUGGCGUGCAGCCAAUCAACUGGCUCCAUUUCGUCUCCAUCUCGACCGACCGCAGGACCCUGCAUCUCUACGUGAGCGAAAAUGGCACGAAUAGGCACGGGCGGCCAGCCUGUGAGGCAUCGACACUGUUCUGCUAUCUCCUGGGUGCCUUUGUUGUCAGUUCAACUAUGAGCAGAAUCUGAAAAGCAUCAGCGAACUCCGGAGUUCGUGUAAAGACUUCCGAGUGGUCAAAUUGAGUGGGUGGAGUCGCCUCCUCCUUACGGAAAGAUUCCCUGACACCUGUGUGUGUUUGGUGGUGGUGGUGUCAGAUGCGACGAAUCUCGAGAGCUUCCGACAGUGGCUAGUCGAGGAUCUGUACCAGUCAGGUCGGUCGGUGGGUGGGUGGGUACCGUCAUCAUCGGCCACGUUGACGGUUGGUGCGUUUUCUGUGUCGGUUGGGUGUGGUGUCACACACACAGGCGAUGUUCUGCCGGAGGCGCAGGUGACGGCUCACUUGGACAAGAACGAAUUCGGCGACGCCGGGGCCGCCGCAGCCAUGGUUAGUCACCAACCAACUACUCUGUGUGUGUGUGUGUGUCACAUGGUGUUGUGUUGUGGUGGGUGCAGGCUGCCUUGACGGCCCCUCCCUGCCACCUCUCUAAUCUUGACCUCACCCACAACAACAUCAGCAAAGAUGGUACACACACACACCACACACACCCCCAAGGACGGACAAAUGAACGAGUGUGGCUGCACUUUGGUGUACAUGGCUGGCUGGGUGCGUGCAGGCGUAAGUGCGAUAGCUGAGGCCCUGCAGAGCACGGCGGCGUGUCGGAGGGGACUCGUAACGCUCGACCUCUCGAACAACCAGAUCGACAGUGAGUCUUGAAGGGAUGGGGCGAGGCGAGGCGAGGCAAUCGUCUGUGUGUGUUUGUGUGACGGCUGCUUCCAUGCCAUCAUGUGUGUGUCUGUGUGUCCAGCGGUUGGCGCCAUGCAGCUGCUCCGAUCUAUCUUGAACAGCUGCGGCAUGUGGGCACACACACCACACCACACCACACCCCACCAGAUGCCCAGGUGCAUCCCCCCCGUCCCGUCUCUCUCCCCUCUUGGCUGUGGUCUGUCUGUCAGGGUCGGGGAUCCCUCGCAUGCUUCGUGUGUGUCAGUGACAUUCCACGGCAAUCCGCUGAUCAACAUCGAUGAGGUGCGGCAGUGGAUCGCCGGGAUGACGCACGCGGGCUUUGUCAUCUACGACAUGCCGGCGCUCAUAGACGAGUUUGUGUCAUUCACAGUCGAGGCACCAAAACUUAGAGCGAGAGGUGAGGGAGAGAGGCACAUGGACAUGGAUGUAUGGAUGGAUGGAUGGAUCUGCGCGUGUCUGCCACCCCCCAAAUGGUCCGCUCCGUCCUUUCUGUGUUGUGGGUAUCAUCAAUGAAUGACUCGAUUAGACCCAGUCAUGACGGUGAUGGCUGACGCCUACUGCCCAGUCAAGGCCGAGAAGGCACGGCUGGCGUCGCUGCCGCCAGACCGCAGAGAGGUGCCGCCAGACCGCAGAGAGGCGCAAUCGCAUGCCGGGGCCCCCGUACCCCAGCACGGACACAAUGGUCACACACACACACACACACACACACAGAGAGAGAGAGCGCCCAACACUGAAUUGACGAGUGUGUGUGUGUGUGUGUGUGUGGAUGUGUGUGUGUUAAGGCGGAGGACGUUCAGGUAGCCGGGGGAGGCUGUCGAGUCCCAGUGCCAGUGGGGAGGUGACCACCUUCAGCCUCACCGACAGCAGCGGUGCCAAGGUCGCCUGCCCCUUCAUUGACCUCAGCGAGGCCUCCCUCACCCUCGCCAAACUCACAGAGGAAUACCACAAGCUGCAACUGGCGUAAGUAAGCGAAACCGCAGCGCGACUGACUUGCCUGAUCGACCGCAAAACACAUCUGGGUGUAACUUGUGUGUGGUUGUGUGUUUGCAGUUUGGCUCAGCAGCAGGAUACCCUGGUCGAGAAGGAGAAGGAGCGCACCGCCCUGCUGCAGUGCAUGUGCUGCCGGGCACAGUGAGUGCAGUAUACUGGACAGAGGGAGGGAGGGAGCUAUGAGCACACACACACACACAUGGGUGUGGUGCAUGGUUUUUGCUUUGGAAUGCAUUGCAUGCAGGAAGAGCGCUCUCAUGCUGUACCCCUGCGGACACCCGUAAGCAAAGGCGCAGACAAACACACACGCACACACAGACGAGGGAGGGGGCCCGUGUGUGUGCUGUGUGUGCAUAUGGUUGGUGCAGUAUAUGCACCGCGUGUCUGGACAAGGCGAACAGUUCCGACCACAAGUGCCCCUUCUGCAGGAAGUCCAUUCUCAAAGAGAUCACAUUCUACGUGGGCUGACUGCAUCAUAUAUGCACACCGAGUGAGUGGCCGAGUGGGUGGGGUGCAGUGGGUGCCGUGGCUGGCCCAGAUGGAUAGCAGAUCUGAUGAUUGUACAGCCUUCAUGGAGAUGAGUGUGUGUGUGUGGAUGCUUCACACACGCACAACGGACAGAACGGCGGGCGUACUUUUUUCUUUGACCAAGCUGAUUGAUUGAACCGCUUGUUGAUGGUACUAGUCUGUCUGCGGCAUUCAUUCAUUGUAAC